AUGGGUGGGGAGCCGUGUUUCUUUGCUGGGGAUUUCAAUGUAAUUCGGUCGGAUAUUGAGAGGUGUGGUGGGCGUCCGAGGAAUAGAGUUGCAAUUGAUGAGUUUAAUAAAUGGAUUCAUCAGGGUGGGUUGUUGGAAAUGAAUUCACAAGGUGGUAAGUUUACAUGGUGUAAUGGUCAGCAAGGUUUAUCUAUAGCUUGGGCAAAGCUGGAUAGAGUUUUACUUGAUGCAAAUUUUCUAUCUCUUUUUCCGACUGCCCAUUGUUUGUAUCUUCCUAGGACUACAUCGGACCAUUGUCCUAUGGUUAUAGAAUUUUUAAGUGAUCCUUUCUCUUAUGGUCCACCUCCAUUUCGUUUUCAGCAAAUGUGGGUUGAGCAUCCGGAUUUUAUGACUCUUGUUCAAAAGGUUUGGUAUGAAUCGGUUAUUGGUUCGGGGCUGUUUAAAUUAGCCACUAAACUUAAAAAACUUAAGGUGGCGUUGCGUGUAUGGAACAAGAGUGUAUUUGGGAGAACUAAUACUCAGAUUGCUAUUCUUGAAGAUAAGAUUGAGAAUCUGGAAAAUUUGUUGCAGAGAGGUUGGGGUGAUGAUAUUGAAAGGGAAUUAGUAAGGACUUCUAAUGAGUUGUCUUCUUGGAGGAUUAGGGAGGAUAUUAGAUUGGCACAAAUGGCUAAAAUUAAGUGGAGAAUGGGUGGUGAUAGGAAUACAAAAUUUUUUCAUGUGUGGUUAUCUAAUAAAAAGCAUAGGAAAAUUCAUCAGUUAAGAACCUCGAAUGGGUUGGAGUUUAAUUCUCCGGAAGCAAUUCAUCUUGGAGCUGUUGAUUAUUUUUCUGAUUUUCUUCAAAGAUCUAAUCCGGUUAGGGAGGUGCCUGAUUUAUCUAGUUUAAUUUCAUCGGUUAUUAAUGAUGAGGAUUGUGUCCGGCUUUGUGGGAUCCCUUCGUUGGUUGAAGUGAAAGAGGCUCUAUCAACUAUUCCUAUUAAUAGUUCUCCGGGCGAGGAUGUGACACCCAGUCAAGUUGACAAGGUGGAGAUGGAGACAAAUAGUGUGGGAAAGGGCCAUCAAGAGAACGAGGAAGCAAAGAAAUUGCACCACGAUGUACGUAACUUGAUAGAAAAAUAUGAGGAACAUCUUCUUCGGUAG